AUGAGUAACGUUGCCGACUUCGAAGACGGAAUCUAUUACAAGAAUCACAACAAUGGGAACAAUCGAAAAUAUGGCGCUUUCAAGGAAAGACCAGCUGAUGUGAUGACCACGCUGGACUCGCUGAUUCAAACGCUUUCCGAAAGUCGCGAAGUUUUCGCACAAGGUGGACGGACAAGCCGAGUUCAGGUGGAAAUUGAUGGACGUGAAUGUGUUGUGGACGAGCUUGUGCACUACACUCGACAACCGCCGAUGCAUCGCGACAAUCAGCACUACCAUUUGAACCACAGAAAGACGAAGAUUUGCCGCUCGAGUUCUGCUUCUGUGAAGGAUUCUCGUCAAGGAGCAAAUCGUUUCAACAAGCAUUUAACUCCCAUUCAGCAACAGCCACCACCGAAGAGGAAUUUCUAUAGCAACAAUAAUGGCAAGCCGGACAAGCCAAAUCCUCAUCAACAAAAAAAGCCCAAAGCACCUCACGCAGAAGAAAUUACAAGCACCACUAAACACACCGAAUCGGAGACAUGCAUUCGCGAGGCAAUCGCUGCCGCAACGGCCGCUCGUCAACGUCAUGAGACUGCCCUGCUUCGUCAUCCACCCAGAAACAAGCCGGCUCAGGAAGUCGGAGUGCCAAUGUUCCGCAGUGAAAAUCGCCAAGUCAACCGCAAUGAAGUGCUUCGUUAUACUCAGUCACGGGGUCCAUCUCAUCAAGACAACGAGCCACCUCAAAUUCACGUGCGUGUGCGGAAAGGAGGACAACCCAAAGGGCCACCUAUUACUUGGAAAGAUCAGGACGAUGAUGAGCGAAUGGUGGAAAUGACGGAGAACGUCUAUCAAAGGGAUUAUGAUCAACGGCAGCAAUAUGAACCUCAUGAUCAGCUCGUUUCUGCUCGGGAUCGUCGCCAAUAUACCGAUUCGUCUCAUCGUGAGCGUCGCUUUCAAUCAACCGAUCAACGCGAGCGUAUUUCCUCUCAUCGCCAACUCGACCUUCAGAAUGUGAUUCCCCGUCGUCCAUCUCGUUUCGAGAAGCAACCACGGGAUUAUCAAUAUAAGGAACGAGCACGCAUCAUUGUCAACGAUCCUUUGUGUUACUGUCAAGGCAUCGAAUGUAUGCAUAUUUUGCCGAUUUGGGAGCACGAGCUGAAGCUUUCAAAGAAACGUGAAGCUAACAUCAAUCGAAAGUAUGAUCGUGAUGGAAUGAUGCAUGCUUGGGCUGAUCACUAUGGAGCUGAUGAGUUGGACUUUAAGCCCGUUAAGAACGAGUACAGCAACCCGUCGCUGGCCACUCGCAUGGAACAUCGAUGGAAACACGCAAAGUAUGAAAAGACACCUCAAGAUAAACGUGCCGCCGAAAAUGUCUUUUAUGGAGCUGUUGAGGUUGAGACAAAUGUGACGAAGGCGGUGAAGAAUUUAUUGAAGGCGCAAAGCUGCAUGCGAAACGUGACUUUUGCUGUGGGAACCCUCUCCCCACCAAGUGCCGAGUAUACGGAAAACAUUGGCUUCAUGCAGAAGAAUCUCAAGGAAUUCAACACUCGAUUCCGCGUCCUUGCUGCAAAAGUUAAAGAGAUUCUCUCCAAUGGAAGUGAGCGUGGUGGAGUGGAGGCGACUCCUGAGAAGCCGAAAUACCCACGGAAACUUUACUCGGCUUCGCAGCGUCUCUACGGAACGAAA